GGCCAACGUAGGCUGAGUUUUUUGAACUAAAUGCAAUGCUACUGAAGGAAUUCAAACCUUGAGUUUUUUUUAUUGGAUGUAUUUCUCAUAAUGUAAUUUAUAAUUUAAUUUAUUUAAACGAAAAAACAAUUUGUUUGUACCAACUUCUAAUGCACUUGACUGCAAUUUUAAUGGUCCAUGCAAUAUUAAUAUCAUCUAUUGUUUAUAAUGCAUCAUUUUUUUUAUUUUUUUAGCAGAAACAAUACAUGGAUUGUUUCUGUGAUGUGACAGAAACUAUCACUCAUUUUGAGUGAUUGUUAUAUCUCAACUUUUAGUUGUGAUUGUUGAGAUAGUUGAAUUGAGAUUGUUUUGUCUCAGCUUUUAACUGAUGCGACAUACACAAUCACACAUACCAAACAAUGUAUUCUACAAUGCAUCCAAUUCGACAAUUACAUGUAUAAUAUUAUACAUGCAUUCUCAACAAUACAUCUAUUUAACAAUCGCAACUUCCAAACGACCCCAUAGUGUAUUUGAGGUUUGAUCACAAGUAAUGAUGCAAUUAACGAUGACUAUCAGCAAAAACAUCAAAUCAAACAGUGAUUUUGAGAAACACAAUCCCACUUGUAAAUUUCCUCCUCCAAAUGAGCCCAUAAAAAGAGACCAAAGUCGUUCCACUUUACCAGGUCAGUCUAACACGGUCGUCCAACGCCGAUUCAUUCUCGAACCAAACGCGGUCGUUUUACCAGCACCAACCCCCACUCUUCUCCUCUCCUCUCUUUUCUCCAAUUUCCACCUGCGACUCCGUCUGAGGGGAAAGGAACAUUCUUUCUUCGUAGUAAAGGCAGAAAGAGAGGAGGAAGAAGCAGCAGAAAGAAAGAGGAUCUCUACAAAAAUGGAUUCCUAGCAACCAAGCUAUAGCUCAUUUCAGCAGCCAUUUCCUUCUUCCUUCCUUCCUUCCUUCCUUCAUUUCUCCUCUCUUUCUCAAACCCUCCCGUUUCGUCAAAUCUCUUGCUUCCUCGGCGGCGGCGCGGUAGCUGGAACUCGCCCCCGGAGGCAGUAUUAGCGAGUAAAACUCAUGGCCGGGACGAAUCAGGAAUCGUUCAUCUACAGCUUCGUGGCGCGAGGCACGGUGGUGCUGGCAGAGUACACCGAGUUCACCGGCAACUUCCCGGCGAUCGCUGCUCAGUGCCUACAGAGAUUGCCUUCUUCUAACGACAAGUUCACCUACAAUUGCGACCACCACACCUUCAAUUUCCUCGUCGAGGAUGGCUACGCUUAUUGUGUUGUUGCGAAAGAGGCGAUGAGCAAGCAGAUCUCGAUUGCAUUCUUGGAACGGAUGAAGGCAGACUUCAAGCAAAGAUAUGGAGGUGGUAAAGCUGGCACUGCUAUGGCCAAAAGUCUCAACAAGGAAUUCGGGCCGGUUAUGAAAGAGCAUAUGAAGUAUAUUAUUGAGCAUGCUGAAGAGAUUGAGAAGUUACUGAAAGUAAAAGCUCAGGUUUCGGAAGUCAAAAGCAUAAUGUUAGGCAACAUUGACAAGGCAAUCGAGAGAGGUGAGAACAUAAACACCCUCGUGGACAAGACCGAAAAUCUGCGAGAUCAGGCACACACAUACAAGAGACAAGGGACACAAAUCAGGCGGAAAAUGUGGUACCAGAACAUGAAGAUCAAGCUGGUCGUUCUCGGAAUCUUGUUGCUCCUCGUCCUCAUCAUCUGGCUUUCGAUUUGCGGUGGAUUCAAUUGCACCAAUUAAGCGGGGGGGCAAACCGCUUCUUGUGGUUGUGGUAAUUGCCAUUUGCAUGCACUCCAUACACAUAUAGGGAAAAUGUAAGGUUCUUCCUGGACGAGAGGUUUUGGAUUCUGGAGAAGCAACAGAUUGAACAACCGGCCGGCGAUGGGAUGAUAGAGUCAUUCACCGGCUGGAGGAGGGAUUGGCUGCGGGAGAGUGGGAAACUGUAUGGGCUUUUGUGUUGUAUUGCAUCAUCUGUCAUAUAAUUAUAGAACUUUGUUCUUCUUCUUCUUCUUCUUUUCUCGUUUUGUUUCGUGCGUUGUUAUGGUUUACCCAUGGCGAGGAAGCUUGAUAGUUUGUUUUUCUCUUCCAAUACUUAGUGAGACUUCCUUUCAUUUUCUCUGUUUCGAUAACUCCACAUAACUUAUACAUAUAGCAACCAAAUUCAAACAGAAACGCUGAUCUUGUUUUGAUUUGGCUUUGUCGUUCUAUCUAUUUCACUUUACAAUCCUUUACUUAUGGAAUGAUGCCUUAUUUUAGUCUUCCAAUAUUUUUGUGAGUUUUUGGCUCUUUUAAUCUUGUACGAGAUACAUACUUAAUGGGAACAACUUCGUGUCAAUUGAAAUUUUGCAUAAUUGAUAGUCUUUCAUGAAACCGGCUAGAAUGUCACUGGUAUUAUGGGUUGGUCAAUGCCGGUCAAAACCAGAAAUUCUCGAAUGGUUCAACUGAAAUUUUUGAUUCUGAAAUUAGACAUCCGCAUGCUGGAAAUUUUUAGAAAGGGGAAUGAGAUGGGUUGCAGCCCGCAGUAGUGGACGGGGAAUAGAAAAAAAAAAAAAAAAAAGAAACGGAUGGACCAAAAACCAAUAGGAAUUUUUUUUUAAUAAUUCAGGAACCUCAACCCCACAUGCCAUUUUAUGACUGCGGGGUUUACUAAAUCUGAAAAGGGCCUGUCGCUAGGGAUCGAACUCAGGACCUCUCACAUCCUGAGUCAAUCAUAUCAGCGGUUUCACCUCCAGACUAUGUUACCACCUGGAAAUGGGGGUUUCCAGUGGAGCAUUUACCACUUUCUUUCUUAACUUCUUUUUAUUUUUAUUAUUAUGGAAAUGUUAUUAUAGAAAGUAUAUAGGUUAUAUAUGGAAAAAGUAACCCAUUUUUUCUGUUUCUUCCCACUAGCAAUAUUAUGGGAAUAAUAAAAUUAUAAAACUAUA